AUGAAGACCAUCUACCUCACGGCGCCGCUGGAGUUCCAGCAUAUCUCCACCUUCUUCGUCCGGCCCCUGGACGAGGAGUACAUCGACUUGUCGGCCGAGGUCGCAUUGCUGUCGCGCAACGUGAAGAUUCAGGGAGAUCCGACAUCCGAGCUUGACCAGUGGGGUGGCCACACGCAGGUGGCGUUUGGCGGCAUCUACCGCAUCGAGAACGCUGAGUUUUACCGCAUGGGGCAGACCGGAGAGAUGUCUCGGUACCCGAUCCACUUCCACAUCACCCAGGACUACGGCCAGUUCUGCUAUGCCAAGUACAACUCCAUUCAUCACAGCUUCCAGCGUGCGGUGGCCGUGCACAGCACCAACUACGUGCUGGUGAAGGGCAACGUGGCCUUCGACAUCAUCGGGCAUAUGUUCUUUAUCGAGACGGGAAUGGAGAUGCACAAUGUGUUGGAAGGUAACCUCGCAGUCGGUGCGAUUCCCCUCUUGUCGGGCAUGCUGGAAAGUGAUCAGGAGCCGGCAGGAUUCUGGACAGCGGCCAUGAACAACGUCUGGAGAGACAACGUGGCCGUGACUGGAUCGGACGGCUGGUAUUUCCAGCUGCCCUUGGCCUUGGCGGGAUUUGCGGAGCUGAACUUCGGAGGGAGCACAGACGGCAAGCCCCAAACGGCUGACAGAGUGAACUCUAGGCCCGGCACGCCCAUCUCGCACAACAUGGACAUCUACAAGGCACCUACACUCUGA